AGCCCCGGCCUGGGAGAGGGGGGGGCCCGCACGACCCCUGGGGAACCUUGGGGAGCAUGAACACCUGGGGGCCCCCCCCCGAACCAGGUUCCCCCAGGCACCAUGCCAGCCCCGUAGCACAGCCAACUCAACCCACCCGGGAUCUGCACCCCAUCGCUGGGGCACUGGUUCCAAUGAGACAGGGGUGCAUCAAACCCCAGUUGGGGAGCGAGAAAGCCCUGUGAUUGGCCGGAUCCCUGGAGCUCCCAGACGCAGUGAAAGGACGCGCCCCCCCAGGCCGGAAUUGGCUGUGAAAGAGCCUGGACAUCCAUCUGGGGACGGUGGCAUCUUCAGAGCGAGCGGCUGGAGCCGGACCAUCGCCCCAGCUCUCUGGGGCAGGGGGCCGUGCCCGAUCUCCAGGGCUCCUGGGGCCACUGCUGACCUGGCUGGAUGCAUCGGGCAGUGGACUCUCCAGGGGCCCGCGCUGCACGGGAAGCCUUUGCCCUUGGGGGCCUGAGCUGUGCUGGGGCCUGGAGCUCCUGCCCGCCCCAUCCCCCUCCUCGGAGCGCAUGGCUGCCUGGAGGCAGGUGCUCGGCCAGCAUCGGGCAGCCUCCCCUCUCUGCUCCCUUGCCCCCUUCACAUGGCAGUAGCUCUGGGCAUCCCAGCAAGUCAUAUUAUGCCCCAGGGACACCCGCUCCAAGACCCCUCCACGGGAAGCUGGAAUCUCUGCAUGGCUGUGUGCAGGCACUGCUGCGGGAGCCCGGCCAGCCAGGGCUCUGGGAACAGCUUGGGCAGUUGUACGAGUCGGAGCACGACAGUGAGGAGGCCGUGCGAUGCUACCACAGUGCCCUCCGAUAUGGAGGAAGCAUUGCCGAGCUGGGGCCCCGCCUCAACCGACUGCAGCAGGCCCAGCUCUGGGGCUUUCAUGCCGGCGCCUGCCAGCACCGAGCCAAGAUCCUGCCCCCCUUGGAGCAAGUGUGGAACUUGCUGCACCUUGAGCACAAGCGGAACUACGGGGCCAAGCGAGGGGGUCCCCCGGUGAAGCGAGCUGCUGAACCUCCAAUGGUGCAGCCUGUUCCCCCCAUAGCACUCGCAGGCCCUUCGGGGGAGGAGGGCCUUAGUCCCGGAGGCAAGCGCAGGAGAGGCUGCAACUCUGAGCAGGCUGGCCUUCCCCCAGGGCUGCCGCUGCCGCCACCACCAUUGCCGCCACCACCGCCCCUGGCUGGCCUGGCCACCAGCCCCCCAUUUCAGCUGCCCAAGCCAGGGCUGUGGAGUAACCUGCAUGGAGAUGCCUGGGGCACCGAGCGCAAGGGUUCAGUACUCCCAGAGCGCCAAGAACAACGGCACUCACUGCCUCAUCCGUAUCCAUACCCCGCUCCGGCCUACCCCGCGCACCCCCCUAGCCACCGGCUGGUCCCGGCUGCACCCCCAGGCCCGGGUCCCCGCCCCACAGGAGCAGAGAGCCAUGGCUGCCCGCCUGCCACCCGUCCCCCCGGAAGUGACCUUAGAGAGAGCAGAGUUCAGAGGUCGCGGAUGGACUCCAGCGUUUCACCAGCAGCAACCACCGCCUGCGUGCCUUACGCCCCUUCCCGGCCGCCCGGCCUCCCCGGCACCGCCACCAGCAGCAGCAGCAGCAGCAGCAACACUGGUCUCCGGGGCGUGGAGCCCAGCCCAGGCAUUCCCGGCAAUGACCAUUACCAAACUCCAGCGCUGGAGGUCUCCUCUCACCAGGGCCGAUCAGGGCCCUCGGCACAUAGCAGUCGGAAACCCUUCCUGGCGGCCCCUGUUGCCGCUCCCCACUUGCCCCUACUCCCUGGGCCCCCCUCACCCCCUCCACCCCCCUGCCCCCGCCUCUCACGACCCCCACCCCCUCCUGCCUGGUUGAAGGGCCCGGCCUGCCGGGCAGCCCGAGAUGAAGGCGAGAUCUUAGAGGAGCUCUUCUUUGGGGCUGAAGGACCCCCUCGCCCUCCCCCCCCACCCCACCCCCACCGUGAGGGCUUCUUGGGGCCUCCGGCUUCCCGCUUUUCUGUGGGCACUCAGGAUUCGCACACCCCUCCCACUCCCCCAACCACCAGCAGUAGCAGUGGCAGCGGUGGGGGCAGCAGCAGCAGUGGCAGCCACAGCAGUAGUAGCCCUACAGGGCCUGUGUCCUUCUCACCCCCCUAUCUGGCCAGAAGUAUGGACACCCUCCCCCGGCCCCCGAGCCCAUCACUGAGCCCCCAAGACCCCUCCCUUGCCUCGCUGACUCUUGCCCUGCCUCCAGCCCCGCCCUCCUCCUGCCACCAAAAUACCUCAGGAAGCUUCAGGCGCCCGGAGAGCCCCCGGCCCAGGGUCUCCUUCCCAAAGACCCCCGAGGUGGGGCCGGGGCCACCCCCAGGCCCCCUGAGUAAAGCCCCUCAGCCUGUGCCGCCCAGGGUCAGAGAGCUGCCGACCCAAGGCCCUCGGCUCUUUGACUUCCCCCCUACCCCCCUGGAGGACCAGUUUGAGGAGCCCGCUGAGUUCAAGAUCCUACCCGAUGGGCUGGCCAACAUCAUGAAGAUGCUGGACGAAUCCAUCCGCAAGGAGGAGGAGCAGCAGCAGCAGGAGGCAGGCGUCGCCCCCCCACCCCCCAUGAAGGAGUCCUUUGCAUCUCUGCAGCCUCCGCUUCCCACUGAUGCAACCCCGGCCACCGCCUCCACCACGACCGCCGCUGCCACCACCGCCGCCCAGGAAGAGGAGAAGCCACCACCAGCCCUACCACCCCCACCGCCUCUAGCCAAGUUCCCUCCGCCCCCGCAGCCACAGCCGCCCCCACCCCCACCGCCCCCCAGCCCAGCUAGCCUGCUCAAAUCCUUGGCCUCCGUGCUGGAGGGACAGAAGUACUGUUACCGCGGGACUGGAGCAGGUGUUCCCACCCGGCCUGGGCCCUUGCCUGCCACUCAGUAUUCCCCCAGCCCCCCAUCAGGUGCUACCGCCCUGCCGCCCACCUCAGCGGUCCCUAGCGCCCAGGGCUCCCCACAGCCCUCCGCUUCGUCAUCUCCGUUCUCUACCUCAGGCGGGCCCUGGGCCCGGGAGCGAAGGGCAGGUGAAGAGCCAGCCCCAGGCCCCACGACCCCCACCCCACCGCCCCCACCCCUGCCGCUGCCCCCUGCCCGCUCUGAGUCCGAGGUGCUGGAAGAGAUCAGCCGGGCUUGUGAGACGCUUGUGGAGCGGGUGGGCCGGGGUGCUGCAGACCCAGUGGACACAGCAGUGCCGGCCGACAGUGGGACUGAGCGGCCGUCACCUCCCUUCCAGGCCAAGGAAGAGAGUGGGGGGGUGGCAGCCGCAGCGGUUGCGGUGGCCCCAGGGCCCGGCAGCAGCAAGCGGAGACAGAAGGAGCACCAGAAAGAGCACCACCGGUGGCACAGGCGGGCUUGUAAGGACAGCGCUGGCCGGCGGCCCCGUGAGGGCAGGGCCAAGGCCAAGGCCAAGGCCCCCAAAGAAAAGAGUCGCCGGGUGCUGGGGAACCUGGACCUGCAGAGCGAGGAGAUCCAGGGUCGAGAGAAGGUCCGGCCUGAGCUGGGUGGGGCCUCCAAGGCCAAGCCACCCACAGCUCCCGCCCCCCCACCGGCUCCUGCCCCAUCUGCCCAGCCCUCGCUGCCAUCAGCCCCCGUCCCGGGGAAGAAGGCUAGAGAGGACGCGCCUGGGCCACCAGGCGUCAGCCGGGCCGACAUGCUGAAGCUACGCUCCCUUAGUGAGGGGCCCCCCAAGGAACUGAAGAUCCGCCUCAUCAAGGUAGAGAGUGGCGACAAGGAGACUUUCAUCGCCUCCGAGGUGGAGGAACGGCGGCUGCGCAUGGCGGACCUCACCAUCAGCCACUGCGCUGCCGAUGUCGUGCGUGCCAGCAAGAAUGCCAAGGUCAAAGGGAAGUUUCGAGAGUCUUACCUGUGCGCUGCCCAGUCUGUGAAACCGAAGAUCAACACUGAGGAGAAGCUACCCCGGGAAAAACUCAACCCACCCACCCCUAGCAUCUAUCUGGAGAGCAAACGGGAUGCCUUCUCUCCCGUGCUGUUGCAGUUCUGUACAGACCCGCGCAAUCCCAUCACUGUGAUCCGGGGCCUGGCAGGCUCCUUGCGGCUCAACUUGGGCCUCUUCUCCACCAAGACGCUGGUGGAGGCGAGUGGCGAGCACACGGUGGAGGUGCGCACCCAGGUACAGCAGCCCUCGGAUGAGAAUUGGGACCUGACAGGCACACGACAGAUCUGGCCCUGCGAGAGUUCCCGUUCCCACACCACCAUUGCCAAGUAUGCGCAGUAUCAGGCCUCCUCCUUCCAGGAGUCCCUGCAGGAAGAGAAGGAGAGCGAGGACGAGGAAUCGGAGGAGCCGGACAGCACCACGGGAACCCCUCCGAGCAGUGCGCCAGACCCGAAGAACCAUCACAUCAUCAAGUUUGGAACCAACAUCGACCUGUCUGAUGCCAAGCGGUGGAAGCCCCAGCUGCAGGAACUUCUGAAGCUGCCCGCCUUUAUGCGAGUCACAUCCACAGGCAACAUGCUGAGCCACGUGGGCCACACCAUCCUGGGCAUGAACACAGUGCAGCUGUACAUGAAGGUCCCGGGCAGCCGGACGCCAGGCCACCAGGAGAACAACAACUUCUGCUCUGUCAACAUCAACAUCGGCCCAGGCGACUGCGAGUGGUUCGCAGUGCACGAGCAUUACUGGGAGACCAUCAGCGCCUUCUGUGACCGGCACGGCGUGGACUACCUGACGGGCUCCUGGUGGCCAAUUCUAGAGGACCUCUAUGCCUCCAAUAUCCCUGUGUACCGCUUCGUGCAGCGCCCAGGAGACCUCGUGUGGAUCAACGCGGGGACCGUGCACUGGGUGCAGGCCACCGGCUGGUGCAACAACAUCGCCUGGAAUGUGGGUCCCCUCACUGCCUAUCAAUACCAGCUCGCUCUGGAACGGUAUGAGUGGAAUGAAGUGAAGAAUGUCAAGUCCAUCGUGCCCAUGAUUCAUGUGUCCUGGAACGUGGCUCGCACCGUCAAAAUCAGCGACCCCGACUUGUUUAAGAUGAUCAAGUUCUGCCUUCUGCAGUCCAUGAAGCACUGCCAGGUGCAGCGGGAGAGCCUCGUGCGGGCAGGGAAGAAAAUUGCCUACCAGGGCCGGGUCAAAGACGAGCCUGCCUACUACUGCAACGAGUGCGAUGUGGAGGUGUUCAACAUCCUGUUCGUGACAAGUGAGAACGGCGGCCGCAACACGUACCUGGUGCACUGCGAGGGCUGCGCGCGGCGCCGCAGCGCGUGCCUGCAGGGCGUGGUGGUCCUGGAGCAGUACCGCACCGAGGAGCUGGCGCAGGCCUACGACGCCUUCACCUUGGCCCCCGCCAGCACGACGCGAUGAGCCCGGACGCCCCGCCCAGCGGCGCCGGCCGCGGGGCCACCAGCACACGCCUGGGCUGGACCUAGGUCCCGCCUUGGGCCCGGGAAGGGGGUCGGGCCCAGCCCGUCCUCCCUAUUGGCAGCUCCCCUCACUUAAUUUAUUGAAAAAGAAAACGUUUUUUUAAACAAAUAGGAAAAAAGGAAAAAAAAAAAAAAAAGGGAGGCGGGAGGGGGCUGGCAGCCCCGGCCCGCCCGCCAGCGCCCCCCACCGACUUUGGCCUUUCAAGCAACAGACACAAG